ACGAAGCAUCCUCCUCCUCCCUCUCUCCGCUCUUGCACGCUGCUGCAGUCAGCCACAGCGGGCUCAGCAGCUCCCGUCAUUUUUCUCGGCUCUCUCCCGAGCGGCCGACUGCAUUCCAGCAACACCGAGGCCACUUUUUCAUCUGAAGAUCGACCUUGCUGUCUAAUCGAUUGUUCUCCUAUUGGAUUACUGAAAACCAGGCUUUUUCAUUUGUAUGGUGUGGUCUGCGUACAACAUGUUUAAAACGCUCUAAUAAGGCUUUGGACUGGAGAUCCGUGAGUAGGCUAUGGAUGUAGGCGGAUAAGAUGGAGAAGGGCAGAUAAAUGACGGAGAGGACAAAUUAAAUCUCCGCGUGUCUUCGUGGGCUCGGUGUGGAUGGUUCUCAAUUUUUCAUAAGCAGAAAAAGGAGAGCAUCGUUACAGCAAUCGGUUAUCUCCUGGAAACAGAGAGAAGCUGAAAACCAGGCAGCCUCCGACACUUUCGGUACCUUAGACGGUGGAAAGAGCCUGAAGCCUGAUUCAGUCACCAAUCUCAACCUUCUAUUCAACUCCAGCAACUUUAAAGCUGCUUUCUGCCAAUGAAUUGUCCCCCCGGUUUACCAGCUGCAUUUAAUAAGUUUGAUGGAGAUCGUUGUACCUGUGGACAGAGUACUUUAUAAAAGCGUUGAAGCUGCGUGUUUACGAAGUUCUGUUCCAAACACAGGCGAUGAUAGGUUUCCUAGUUUUAGUUUAACGGGAGAAGAGCUUGAUGACAGUCCUCUGCGUUGAUUUGAAUUGUUUGUCGGUUGCAAAAAGCUUACGAUCACAUUAAAAUGAUGUAAAUAACACAGAAUUGCAAAUGGGCUCUCUUCUCUCAGGAACACCGGCGUGGGCUCGUUCAUAGAAUUUCAUUCUUCCCGAGCCACGGAAUACCACCUUGCUCCCUCCAAGCCGAAAAGUGUAUAGAAGGAAUACACUGACUCCAAGCUUCGCUCAACCUUCAGCAUCCCCCAGCUAUGAAAAGGCUUUGCCAAAACCUCCCCCGUAGGCCGGUCUCCCGCUACUCUCUGACCUUUAUCCUUACUCUUCUAUCCUGCUCCUGCCCGGCUCUAGGCAAGAAGAAGCUCUACAUUGGAGCCCUGUUUCCCAUGAGUGGAGGCUGGCCUGGUGGACAAGCCUGCCUCCCCGCUGCUCAGAUGGCCCUGGACUUGGUGAAUAAUAGGACAGACAUCCUGCCUGACUAUGAGCUGGAGCUGAUACAUUAUGACAGUAUGUGUGAUCCUGGUGAGGCCACCAAGCUGCUGUAUGACCUUCUGUACACAGAGCCUAUUAAGGUCGUGUUGAUGCCAGGCUGCAGCUCUGUGUCCACACUGGUGGCCGAAGCUGCUCGCAUGUGGAACCUCAUAGUGCUGUCAUAUGGCUCCAGCUCUCCUGCUCUGUCCAACCGACAGCGCUUCCCCACUUUCUUCCGUACUCAUCCAUCUGCUACACUGCACAACCCCACUCGGGUACAGCUCUUCCAGAAGUGGAAAUGGACCAAGAUUGCCACUAUCCAGCAAACAACAGAAGUAUUUACCUCAACUCUGGAUGAUCUGGAGGAGAGGGUGAAGGAGGCAGGGAUUGAAAUCAGUGUUCGUCAGAGCUUCCUAACCGACCCAGCUGUGGCUGUCAAAAAUCUCAAGCGUCAAGAUGCCAGAAUUAUUGUCGGCCUGUUCUAUGAGACAGAGGCAAGGAAAGUCUUCUGUGAGACCUCUCAAGAGUUUCUUGCUCAGCUCAUGUCCAAACUUGGGGGUAAAAAUCCAGAAGAAACAGGUGGUUUCCAAGAGGCUCCGCUGGCGUAUGACGCUGUGUGGGCUCUAGCGCUGGCCCUCAACAAAACCGUUGGGCCCCUUAGGACCAAGGGUCAUCGUCUUGAAGAUUUCAACUAUAACAACCGAGAUAUCACUGCUGAGAUCUACCGAGCAAUGAACACCAGCUCUUUUGAAGGAGUGUCUGGUCAUGUUGUAUUUGAUGCUCAAGGAUCUCGAAUGGCCUGGACUUUAAUUGAACAGCUUCAAGGAGGAAGCUAUAAAAAGAUCGGAUACUACGACAGCACUAAAGGCAAUCUGUCCUGGUAUGGGAAUGACAAGUGGAUAGGCUCUGGACCUCCUGCAGACCAGACAGUGGUCAUUGAAGAGUUUCGCUACCUGUCUCAGAAGCUCUUUGUGUCUGUGUCUGUCUUUGCUGGGUUGGGAAUCCUUCUGGGAAUUGUCUGCCUCACUUUCAAUAUUUACAACAGCAACGUCAGGUACAUUCAGAACUCUCAGCCCUACCUUAACAACAUGACAGCAGUAGGCUGCAUGAUGUCUCUGGCUGCUGUCUUUCCUCUGGGUAUUGAUGGAUAUUAUGUUGAUAGCCGUAAUGCUCCGAUAAUCCAUCAAUUUCGCCUGUGGCUGCUUGGCCUGGGUUUCAGUCUUGCAUAUGGCAGCAUGUUCACCAAGAUCUGGUGGGUUCACACUGUCUUCACAAAGAAGGAUGAAAAGAAGGAUAAGAAGAAGCAGCACCUGGAACCAUGGAAACUCUACGCGACUGUUGGCGUUCUGCUUGGCAUCGACAUCCUGUCCCUCAUGAUCUGGCAGAUUGUUGAUCCUUUGCACAUCACAGUGGAGAAAUUUACCAGAGAAGCUCCCAAAGGGGAUCUUGAUGUUUUGAUCCAGCCCUUACUGGAGCACUGCAACUCAGAAAAGAUGAACACCUGGCUUGGUGUGGUAUAUGGUUAUAAAGGCUUACUACUGCUGCUUGGCAUCUUCCUCGCCUAUGAGACCAAGUCCAUCUCUACAGAGAAAAUCAAUGAUCAUCGUGCUGUGGGCAUGGCCAUCUAUAAUGUUGCCGUACUGUGUAUGAUCACAGCUCCAGUCACCAUGAUUCUGUCCUCCCAGCAGGAUGCCUCUUUCGCCUUCGCCUCUUUAGCCAUUGUCUUCUCAGUCUACAUCACCCUGGUGGUUCUGUUUGUCCCCAAGAUGCGGCGCCUGAUAACACGCGGUGAGUGGCAGUCAGAUGCCCAGGAGACCGUGAAGACAGGUUCAUCCACCAAUAACAAUGACGAGGAGAAGUCCAGACAACUAGAGCGAGAGAACAAGGAACUGCAGAAGAUCAUCCAGGAGGGUCGCGGGGAGGGGCGGCAAGAGGCAGGGUACACCCUGGACAGGUCAUCAGAGUACAAAUACCUGGGAGCCAUCUUUGACAACCUCCUGAAAUUCUCUGCCAACACAGAGGUGGUGGUCCUAAGGAGGUGCCACCAACGGCUACUCCUCCUUAGGAAACUCAACUCCUUUGGAGUCAGCACAGCCAUCAUGAUGGCUUUUUACGAUGCCUUCUUGGAAAGCAUCAUGACCUUCUCCAUCAGCUGCUGGUUCGACUCCCUCAGCCUUCAGAACAGGAACAGACUGCAGCACACGGCAUCAGUGUGCUCUAAAAUCAUCGGCCUGUCAGAGCUCUGGCUCAGGUUUUCAGCCCACAGGCCUUAG